AUGGCGUCCACCGCGCUGGUGGCAGUGGGAGGCGGCAUUUCUCUCGGUCUCGUCGCCUCCUCCAGCGUCGCAUCCUGCUCCCUGCGCGCCGGCGGCGACUCCCGGCGGCUUGGCCGCCGCCUCGUCCUCCUGCGGAGAGGAGGCGCCGAGGGACAGAGCACGAGGGGACGGAAUUGCCCAAAAUUUAAUUGCGCCAAUGAGGUGGAUGUGGUGACCGAGGAUGACAGUGUUGAUGGUGAUGCUACUGACGACGAAGCAGGCCUUGAGGCUGCAGCUGAUGACGCCAUUGAUGCUGAUGUUGAUACCGAAGAUGAACUGGAUUCUUCGCUGCCUGAGGAUGUUGAGUGGAUAAAGCAGCAGCCACUUCCUUAUCCUUUGGAUGCUCUGGAGCCAUUCAUAAGCAAGGAGACUGUGGAGCAGCACUGGGGAGUUCAUCAGCAGAUUCACGUGGACCGGCUCAAUGGCAUGAUUGGUGGUAGCGAGUGGGAAGGCAUGUCGCUGGGACAGAUGAUGCUCGCCUCCUUCAACGAGGGCAGGGAGGAGCCCCAUCCCCUUCUUCCAUGCCGCACAGGUACCAUUGGCCAUGGAGUAUGGAACCAUGAUUUCUAUUGGCGAUCCAUGAAACCUGGCGGUGGAGGCAAGCCACCAGAACGGCUUUUGAAAUUUAUUGAUAGAGACUUUGGCUCCUAUGAGGGUAUGAUCCGACAAUUCAUGGAUGCUGCACUAACUCAGUUUGGUUCUGGAUGGGUUUGGCUUUCCUACAAAGGAAGCGGUUUGCCUUAUGUGAAAUCAAGAAGCCCAAUCCCAUCGGACAACUAUGGUAGGCUGGUCAUCUCAAAGACUCCAAAUGCCAUCAACCCUCUUGUCUGGGGCCACUCUCCACUCCUUGCGAUUGAUGUUUGGGAGCAUGCAUACUACCUGGAUUAUGAGGAUCGAAGGGCUGAUUAUGUUUCUGCGAUUCUAGAGAAGCUUGUGUAA